AUGAGCGAUAUCCGAAUUAUAGCCAAUGACAAGGCGAAUAGACUACAGCUUAUUAUGGGCCUGCAGGAAAGCAAGUCACAACAAAUCACCGCCUUUCGGGUACGUCCAGAAGAAACAUAUGAUAAGACCUGGACAAUAGCCGUGGCCUCGGCAGAGACUACUGAAGAUGAGGCGGAGAGACGAAGAGAAGACACCUGCUGUUCUAGGACAGCCACAGACGCAACACUGCCCCCGUCCCGAGACCCAUCAGUAGACACAAAUUUUUGUCUGACUCAUGAUUCUGGUCUGACUCAUGAUUCUGGUCUGACUCAUGAUUCUGGCCUGACUCACGAUUCUGAUCUGAUUCAUGAUUCUGGUCUGACUCAUGAUUCUGCACUGACUCAUGAUUCUGGUCUGACUCAUGAUUCUGGCCUGACUCACGAUUCUGGUCUGACUCAUGAUUCUGAUCUGACUCAUGAUUCUGGUCUGACUCAAGAUGCUUGUCCGAGUGAAGGAUUUGGUCCUAAGCCAGACGAGAAUCUUGAGUCAGAUCAGAGUCUUGGGCAAAGUACUCAACAUAGCAUGGCUUUGUUGGAGUCCGAGAUACUCAUUAUAGAGAACGAUGGCAAAAUAGCUGAAAUAAACAUAACUCUUCAGACUGAGGAGGAAGAAAUCUUCGGGCACAUUGUACUUCCGGAACAUGUGUAUGUGGGAAUGGGCAUCUACUUGUCCACCACAGGAUGUCUAGCAUUGCUGGCUAAUUUGCUGGUGGUUUUCAUCUUCGUUCGAACUCGUCAUCUCCGAGUGGCCACCAAUCUCCAGUUGCUCAACCUUAGCCUAGCCGACAUCGGGGUUGUGGUACUGGCCUAUCCAUUCGCCAUCCGAUCCAACUUUGCAGGGAAAUGGCUGUACGGAGUGGCUGGGUGCCAAUGGUACGGUUUCUCUGGCUUUUUCUUCGGCAAUGUCAGCAUGAGUACUUUGAGCCUUCUCAGUUUUGACCGGUACAUCACCGUCUGUCGUCCCAACUCAGAUUUUAAAAUUCGGACGGUGAAGCAGGCAGUGACAGUGCUGUGUUUUAUCUGGAUAGAAGCCCUACUAUUCGCCAUUCUUCCUGUUCUGGGCUGGAGCAGAUAUCACCUGGAACCCUUCCAGACCUCGUGCACGGUAGACUGGUACAAUCACUCCCCAGAAGCUGUCUCCUUUGUCGGCUGCCUUACUUUGUACAUCACUAUCAACGUGACCAUCAUCAUGGUGUGUUACGGGUGCAUAGCGCAUAAAGUCAGGGAGCAUGGCAAGACCAAUGUCUGUGCUAAAAGCAGGAAGAGCAAAUCUGGAGAUCAGAAAACAGCUAUUCUGAUAGCCCUUCAGGUAUUUGGUUUCCUCGUCUGCUGGAUGCCAUAUGCCGUGACCUCAUUGUGGCUGUCGUAUGGCAGCUCAACCAAGACUUCCCUCAACCUGACGGUACUUCCUGCAAUGUUCGCCAAAUUUGCGCCUCUCGUCAACCCGUUGAUAUACGUGGCCGUGAACUACAACUUCCGACGUGCCUUCGCGGACAUAGCCUGUUGUAGAAUCAAUAGUAAAACUAUGAAAAGCACGGAGAGUGGGAAGUGUGUACGAGUGUCUGAGAUCCAUACGAAAAUGUGCUUGUCGUGUAUACCUCUGAGCUGGCCAUUCAAUAGUAACUCUACGCCGGAGGAAAGUGUGUAG